AGGCCAAAGAUUAAAAUACAAUAGGAGUAGAAUCAUAGACAUUGUACACAACGACAUACAGAUUUAUCUUUAAUCUAUUAGCUUUUCAAGCAUCACGAAAACAACGGGCUAGUGUGUAUGGAAGUGCAUUUGACCGAUUGCGCCGCAAUUAUUAUUCCCCGUGUGGCGUGUGAUGAGGAAUGAAUGAUAAUAAGGCACAUUUUGCUUGUUUUUAAGGGGAACUAGUUAAGUUAAUUUGAAGCUGUAUCAGAAUGGCAACUUUAGAACAGCAAGCUUCUAAACUUUUGGAUUUCAAUCAAAAACUGGAUAUCAACCUCCUUGACAAUAUUGUUGGGUGUCUGUAUUCAGCUGUUGGGGAUCAACAGAGACUUGCACAAGAUAUUUUAACUGCACUCAAGGAACACCCUGAUGCUUGGACCCGUGUCGACACAAUAUUGGAGUUUUCACAGAAUCAGGAGACAAAAUAUUAUGCAUUGCAGAUAUUAGAACAAGUUAUACAAACAAGAUGGAAAGUAUUACCAAGAAAUCAAUGUGAAGGUAUAAAAAAAUACAUUGUUGGUCUUAUUAUUAAGAAUUCAUCAGAUCCUGUCACAAUGGAAAGCAAUAAAGUGUAUCUAAAGAAGCUAAACUUGAUAUUAAUACAAGUGUUGAAAAGAGAGUGGCCUCAUAACUGGGAGACGUUCAUCAGUGACAUUGUUGGAGCGUCCAAAACUAAUGAAAGUCUCUGUCAAAAUAACAUGGUCAUUUUAAAACUUUUAAGCGAAGAAGUGUUUGUCUUCAGUACAGGCCAACUGACACAAACAAAGGCGAAACAUCUCAAAGAUACCAUGUGUUCAGAGUUCAGUCAGAUUUUCACUCUUUGUCAAUUUGUUCUAGAGAAUUCACAAAACGCACCCUUGGUAGAUGCUACACUUCACACACUUUUAAGAUUUUUGAACUGGAUUCCUCUAGGAUAUAUAUUUGAAAUGAAAUUGAUUAGCACUCUUAUAUUUAAAUUUUUGAAUGUUCCCAUGUUCCGCAAUGUAACUCUCAGCUGCUUAACUGAAAUAGCUGGGGUGACAGUCAGCAAUUAUGAAGAUCAGUUUGUGGCUCUUCUUGUCCAGACUAUGGAGCAACUGGAAGCUAUGCUGCCACUGACUACCAACAUUAGAGAGGCUUAUGUUGCAGGCAGAGACCAAGAACAAGUUUUCAUACAAAAUCUUGCCUUAUUUCUUUGUACUUAUUUAAAGGAGCAUGGGCCAUUGAUAGAAAGAAGAGGUCUUACAAAUACUUUGAUGAAUGCUCUUCGUUACCUUGUAUUGAUAUCGGAAGUAGAAGAUGUUGAAAUAUUCAAAAUUUGUUUAGAGUUCUGGAAUGCUUUAGCAGCUGAUUUGUACAAGAUUGCACCAUGUUCGCACUCAACUGGUCUGUACAGCUUAGGAAAAACUGUUGGACGUAAGACACUAUACGCUGAUGUUCUCAGUGGUGUUCGGUACAUCAUGAUUUCAAGAAUGGCAAAACCUGAAGAGGUUCUGGUAGUGGAAAAUGAAAAUGGUGAAGUUGUGAGAGAAUUUAUGAAGGAUACUGAUUCUAUAAAUUUGUACAAGAAUAUGAGAGAAACGCUGGUCUAUUUGACUCAUUUAGAUUACCAAGAUACUGAACGUAUUAUGACUGAAAAGCUUCAAAAUCAAGUUAAUGGCACUGAAUGGUCAUGGAAAAAUCUCAACACUCUAUGUUGGGCCAUUGGCUCAAUAUCAGGAGCUAUGUUGGAGGAGGAUGAGAAGAGAUUUUUGGUAGUUGUAAUUAAGGAGCUUUUGGGAUUGUGUGAACAAAAAAAGGGCAAAGAUAACAAAGCUAUCAUUGCCAGCAACAUUAUGUAUGUUGUUGGGCAGUAUCCUCGCUUUCUUCGAGCUCAUUGGAAGUUUUUGAAAACAGUUGUUAAUAAACUGUUUGAGUUCAUGCAUGAAACUCAUGAUGGUGUUCAAGAUAUGGCAUGUGAUACGUUCAUAAAAAUUGCAUUGAAAUGUCGCCGUCACUUUGUCACCACACAAGUGGGAGAAGCUUGUCCAUUCAUUGAGGAAAUUCUAAGUACAAUCAGUUCUAUAAUCUGUGAUUUGCAAACACUACAAGUGCACACAUUUUAUGAGGCAGUAGGAUACAUGAUCAGUGCACAAGUGGACCAAGUUGCACAAGAGCAACUCAUUGAGAAGUACAUGUUGCUACCUAAUCAGGUCUGGGAUGAUAUAAUUUCUCAAGCUUCCCACAAUGUGGAUAUCCUCAAGGAUCCUGAAGCUGUUAAACAGCUUGUAAGUAUACUUAAGACUAAUGGCAGAGCCUGUCGUGCCUUAGGUCACCCAUAUGUUGUGCAACUUGGCAGAAUUUAUUUGGAUAUGCUGAAUAUUUAUAAAGUUAUGUCAGAAAAUAUCACCCAAGCUAUUACAUUGAAUGGGGUAGUGGUGACAAAGCAACCACUGAUAAAGAACAUGAGGAUAAUUAAGAAGGAAACAUUGAAGCUAAUCGCGAGUUGGGUGUCACGAUCAACCGACAACAGUAUGGUGUUGGAGAACUUUAUCCCUCCAUUAUUAGAGGCUGUUUUAGUUGACUACCAAAAGACCACAGUGCCUGACGCCAGGGAGCCGGAAGUUUUAUCGUGCAUGGCAGCCAUUGUGUACAAAUUGGGAGGGCAUAUCACUUCUGAAGUCCCAAAAAUAUUUGAUGCAGUCUUUGAAUGCACUUUGGAAAUGAUCAAUAAAGACUUUGAAGAGUAUCCUGAACACAGGACAGAGUUUUUCCUGCUGUUACAGGCGGUCAACACGCAUUGUUUUAAAGCAUUCCUUAGUAUACCUCCAGCUCAGUUUAAGUUGGUACUUGAUUCCAUAAUAUGGGCAUUUAAACAUACCAUGAGAAAUGUGGCCGACACGGGCCUUCAGAUACUGUACAGAUUGCUGCAAAAUGUAGAACAACACACACAGGCGGCACAAAGCUUCUACCAGACAUACCUGUGUGACAUAUUGGAGCACGUGUUCAGUGUGGUCACUGACACGUCUCACGGAGCUGGCCUCACCAUGCAUGCUACAAUUCUAGCAUACAUAUUCUCCUUGGUAGAAACGGGCCGUGUUUCUGUCGCACUUGGUCGAACUCCUGAUAAUGUUUUAUACAUACAGGAAUAUGUGGCAAAUCUUUUGAAAACCGCAUUCCCACAUCUGACAGACAACCAAGUCAAGAUAACUGUUCAAGGAUUGUUCAACUUGGACCAAGAUAUCCCGGCCUUUAAAGAUCACCUCAGAGAUUUCCUAGUGCAAAUCAGGGAGUACACUGGAGAAGAUGACAGUGAUUUGUAUCUUGAAGAGCGACUGUUUGCACUACGGCAAGCUCAGGAGGAGAAGCGAAGGGUCCAGUUAUCCGUACCGGGCAUUAUUAAUCCCCAUGAGUUGCCUGAAGAGAUGCAAGAUUAAAUUUAAUUAUAGUAAGGAAGGUUACAAGUGGUAACAGUUCACUUGACAUUUUUGUAUUGUAUUUCAUUUAUCAAUCUUAGAUUUGUACUAAAGUAUGUUAUAGUAGGGGAGACAUAGACAGGAUUAUUGUAUUUACUCGAGCAUGGCAAAUGAACACAAUAGAUGAUACCUUGCCUUGUUUUUGAGUACCACAAUGUAUAAGCGAGCAUCAAUAAUGGGCAUGUUUAGGGCAAACCCAUAAUAAAAUCAACUUCAAAAAUACUUAGAUAAGAAUAGUCAAUAGCUAAUUUUGAAGAUUUGUGACGAAGUUGAAGUAUAAGAAAUUGUAGUUUUUUUCUGUACUACUGAAACUGAAAAUCCUUACUUUAUAUUAUAAAUGCUAAAUUAAGUCUUACCUUUGAAUGAGAAUCAGUAUAGAGUUAAAUUUUACUUUAGAGCAGAACAUAAGCUACUUUUAUCCCGGAAAAAUCAUCAUUCCUGCGGGAUUUUAGAAAACCGAAUUUUACGCCAAUGUGUGCGUGCGCUAGUAAUAUAUAAUCAUUUAUUCUUUCUAAUAUCUGAUCUGCCAAAUCGAAUAGAUCCUCGCGUUGCUUGAGUAAGUACACGUUUAGCAUCAUGGGCUCCCCUAAAAUUAUAUACAGUGAGUUUUUGAGAUAGCCAUUAUGUGGCAGCUACCCUUGAUGUUAGAGGUAGGAGUAUCCAUAUUUAAAUAGAUCCUAUUAAUUGUUUUAAAAGUGAUUUUUUGUAAAAAUAUUUGUUUGGCACAGUACAGUUACUGUGGAUCUAUUAAGGCAAACUAUACAUGUUCUAUGAAAUGAACCGAAAAGAUCUGCGUCUGUAUUUAAAAAAAAAAAGAAAAGUGAUAACGUAAUUCUGCUGCUGUAUGCGUGAGAGAAAGGGAAUCCAGAAUAAAUAAAUAAAAUCCAGACAGAGUGGCGCCGUAACGCGUUACGUAGCAGUUUAUCCACUCUAUAAUAAGUUAUCACUUCAAUAAUAAUACAUAAUGAAGGAUAUUAUAUUCCUUGUUUAAGAAAAUUGGUGAAUAGUGUUUUGUGUAAGCUGAUAUACAAGUACCAUGGGAAAGUCAAGUUCGUUUUGAGCAUGAGCUGUUUAGUGCAAUUUCAGAGCGUUUUAUAAAAUGGCGAUUACUAUACCCAUGUUCUUACGAUACUCGGACCAAUUACCUAUCAUAGGACCUGCCUCGCUAGAGCUUACCACUCUGUCAAAACUAUAUGAUCAUGAUCUAAUGAUUUCAUACAUACUGCGUCUAUAGAAUUGAUGUUACUUUGUGUUAAAAUUAUACGUGUGUGUAUUACGAUUUAAUAUUGUGUGUAGUGUAAUAGGAUAUAUUUAUUGGUGUUAAAUAUUUUCGAUUUGUGAGUUUACUUCGCCCACCUCAAAAAACGACACCAUUUUGUAGGUGAAUAUGAGUCAAAUUGAAGAUAAUUGGUUUGAGUCUUAGAACGUUUGCUUGUGACAGUCAGAUAUAUCUCAUUUUAUGAUACCAUAGGUAAGUAUGAUAGCCAAUAGGGUAGUUGACUCGUAUUAAACUUAAUAUAUUUAAACAAUAUUAAUUUCGUUUAGUAAUUGGAAUAAGGGUUUGAAAUAUAUCUCAGUUUUUAAAAUAAAAAUAAUAAAAUAUUACUUAAGAAACUCAAGUAAAAAUCGCGUAUUCUAUUUAUUUUUUUUACUAUAGGUACUACCUAAUAUUAUAAAUCAUGGUAUUUAAUAAAAUCCCUGCAAAACAAAAACUAGUAAACAAAACUUGCUUGACGUAAUAAUAACAAUUGCCUUUAUUCAGAUCAAAAACUUAGCCUAAUAACAAUAUUUCAAAUCAAAAGAAAAUUAAUAUUUAAAACUUAUUCUUACAUAUCAUAUAAUUGGUAUAGGCUUGUAUUUGUAACUUGUUUAAUUUUUGAUGAUCUAGUUGCCGAUCGGUAAAGGCUUCCUCCAACUUGCUUGACAUAAUGGCACAGAUAAAUCAUCAUCAGGACUAUAAUUAUGGAGUAUACAAGUCACAAAAGUACGAUAUAUUCGUUACAAUCUCAUACAACGAUACGAAACGAACGAUAAUGAACAAUUUAAGACCAUAAAAAAAUGUGUCAUGUGUUUAUUACUAUUACUAGUGAGCUUGGUAUGUGAGGAUCUAGAAGCUUCGAAACUCGCUACCUUACAAAGCUAUAACAAUCUAAACUCCGUAAUUGGCUACCGUACUUCUAUAGUAGGAGAAUCUCAGACUAAUUAAGGAUCUGCCUCGCUACACGUUACUUUUCUGUCAAAGUAUAUGAUCAACUAUCUAAUGCGAUUAUAAAAACUGUCUCUAUGGUAUCGAUGUUUCAUAGUUGUAAUCGUGUUCUUCGGUUAAAGAGCUCCGUAAUAAUACCUUUCUAGUUUAGUAAAAGAUAUUUACCUCAUCUAAGCACGUUUUCCUCACAAAAUGACAGAUAAUAUUGUUCGUGAAUAGGGAUGAUAACAGUUUUUUUAAACUGUAUAUAAAUUAGGAGUAUGCUAAUUGUAAAGCAAUUUUGUAAAAGUAAUAGGGUAUCUGCUAUCAUUAUUUUCAGAGCUUUUACCAUUUUUCAUGUAUUGAAAAAUGUUACGUUUAAUUUAUGGAAGCUGAAACUGUAUGAAUUUUCAUUUAAUUAGGUACGAUAAAAGAUUUUCAAUAGAUUUUGAUAUUUUAUAAAGUUUGAUUUUUACGUAUAAAUUAGUUAACAUUGAUCUUAUUUACCUGAAUGUCUCAUAAAAAACAAUAUAUUCAAACCUAGUCAUCAUCCCAAUUUGGGUGCGUUACUAGUCCUUAAGUAAUUAGUCUGAGAGGAGAAUAGAAUGAAAAAUUUUCAGCCUUCAUAAAAUGAGGUAUAUCUGGCUAUCGCAGGCUCAUGGUCCAACUUGCACCAUGAUCAAUGUAACAUAUUACAUAAUAUACCUACUAUGUAAUGUAACCUGUAGGUGUGUACAAUUACCUCAGGCGCCUGGUCUUACCAUUUAAAGAUGGCUGGAUGAUGAUGGCGAUGAAUGAUUAGUGUCCAUUUGCAUCUACUAUGUGCAUUAUGCAGUACCUAUGAGCCCUGUUCAUAGCCACAUUUUCAGUACUUGGAAAUGUAUUAUGUUCACCUUUUGAACUACAAUAUUUUACACUAUUAUUGAUUAAUAGAUAAUUUAUGAAAAAUUCUGUUGAGUGGACUGUUAUCACUUAGACAACCGAACUCUUGUGCCCGUUCAAAUGAAACCUUUAUUAUGUCAGUAUGUACAAAGGGUCGCCUGGAACAAUGGAAGAUGAUGUAUGCUAGAGACAAGGUUAAGAAAGAAAAUCUCCAAAAGGUUUAUUUUGACAGCACAAGAUGUAGUAUAUGGCCUUUUUUAUUCGUAGGUAAAGAAUCAUGGAAAAAUCUACAUUGCUAGAGAAUAAUUCCAGAAAUAAGUUUCAGUUUUUUUUUUUCAUAAUAACAGUGGACGGUACCUCCAUAUUUUAAGAAUUCUCUGUGAUCGACCCAGUGUUGAGUGUUCAACACGUGCAACAUGGAUUCUGAGUAUUACGUCACAUGAGUAGUUUCUAGGUAAAAGUUUAUAAAGUGAAUUGCUGUUAGUAACUUUUUAUGUUUUGUUUAAUGUUGUCAUAACUAACUAUAAUGAAUUGGGAAUAUUUCCAAAUGCGUUUUGGGUCCGAUUAGUUAUCGAAUCUUUCAAUUUGUGUUUGAAAUAAACAGAUAAUAAUAUAUAAA